CUCAUGACUUCUAGUAAUUGCUAUUCUUCCCUUUAUCCUUUUCCUUUUGACCUUAACGAAGAUGAUCAACACCAACAACACCAUCUUUUUGCCUUAAAAUCUCAACCUUCUUCAUCAUCUUCCUCCUCCUCUCUUACUUGUCCUACUUUCUCCAACCCAACUGUUCAAAACCAAGCAGGUUCUUGUCAAAGAGAACCCCAGGUGUUUCAAGAUCAGGCUAAGAUAUAUGUUCCAGAGGAUGGAAAACUCAAGUUAUCGAUAUGGAAGAAAGAAGAAAGGGGGGAAAGUGAUGAUCAUCGCCACGAGGACAGUUCUUAUAAGUGGAUGCCUUCAAAGAUGAGGAUUUUGAGGAAGAUGAUGAGCUCGGAGCACUCGGAUUUUUCAAAAAGCUCGACGAAAUUCGAAGACCAGAAGGUUCAGAUCAAUCAGCCCUCGUCAUCUCCGGAUAACAGCAGCAUCUCUUCCUACUAUGAUAACAACAACAGUCUCAUUAGGGUUUGUGCUGAUUGCAAUACAACUAAGACUCCUCUUUGGAGGAGUGGUCCUAGAGGUCCCAAGUCUCUCUGCAACGCCUGUGGAAUUCGACAACGAAAAGCAAGACGGGCAAUGGCUGCUGCGGCAGCCGCAGCGUCGAAUGGGACCAUUGUUGCAGCUGAGACAACGACAAGUACGAAGACAAAGAUUCAAAACAAAGAAAAGAGAUCAAGUAAUGGCUGUCUUGCAAAGUUAAAGAACAAUAAAAAGUGCAAACUUGGUUCCCAAUCCCAAGGUAGAAAGAAGCUUUGUUUCGAGGAUUUGAGGGUAAUAUUGAGCAAGAACUCGGCUUUUCAUCGAGUUUUCCCGCAGGAUGAGAAGGAAGCUGCCAUUCUGCUGAUGGCCUUAUCGUAUGGACUUGUUCAUGGUUGAAUUAAUUAAUUUAUCUAGUCACUAGGCUAGCUAGCUUUUUAUAUUGUUUGUUUAUUUCUUAAUUAGCUUUGAAUAAUGACUUAAAUCAUCAAUUAUUGUCUGAAAAACUGAGCUUUAUGCUUGAGUUAUUGAGGAAAUUAAGAUAAUUAGUGUGAGAGAAACAUAAAAUAGGGAUGUAAUUUAGAGCUUGACUAUUUAUAUUAUUUUAUAUAUCAUGCUGUGAACUUUAUAAUAAUUACUUUUCAAA